UAGUUUUCGCGUGUUUGCUAGUUAAAGCACAGAUCAACCUCUCUAAUCUGUGGUUAAAGUGUCAGUGUUUGGUUCAGUGUUGGUGGCCGUGGCUGUCAGUGCCAUAACCUCAAAUUUCGUCCGUUUUUUUAUAAUUUGUUAUUAAUGUUUUUGUGCAAUGACGUGCGUGUUUGUGGACGAGGAUUUCACACUUGACGUGGUCGAAGACUCCUCGGUGUGUUACGACGAUCCUGAAACAAUUGCCGAGCCCAACAUUCAGGAUUUUCUCCACUCUGAAGACCACCGCCCUGAUGAAUUGGAGGAGGACCCCUUUCGGGGGUACACCUGCCAGAUCUGUUCGUUUUCAACCAAACACAAGUUGAUUUAUUUCAACCACAUUGAGUCCCACCAGCACUCAAACUCGCCCCUUAUUUGUAAAUAUUGCAAUGAGACGUUUAAAAGUCGAAAGACUUUCCAGGAGCACCGCUUCGGUUGCAGCAAAAACAAAUUGCCAGUGUAUCAGUGCACACAUUGCUCGUUUAAAACACUGAAAAGCCAGUCUUUUCGCAAGCAUGCAAGUGCGUGUUCGAACAAGACACGGAAGUGUAAAAAGUGCGGUUUUGUAACGAAAUUGGCCUCGGAAAUGAUGCUUCAUAGGCGGGAAAAACACCCAUUUGUGCGAAGUUUUUCCUGCACAGAUUGCGAUUUUAAGACAGGGGUGAAGGCACAAUUGACGGCACAUUGCCAGGAAGUGCACCCACGGCCCUACAAGUGCAAGUUCUGUGAGGUUGUCUCACAGGGCAAGAAGGAAUGUUUCACACAUCGGAGGCUCCACAGCAAGUUUCUGUGCAGUCAGUGUGUGUAUAGCACUUCAAAUAAGGGCCAUUUUCAGCGACAUUUAGCGCUUUGUAAUAAAUCAAAGUUAGGUAAAUAAAAAAAACGCAGUGUGUAUAUUAUAAAUUGUAGUGUAUUUAGCGGUUUGAAUGAAUUUAUGUACAUUUUGUCUAACUUACUAGUCAAUAAAUAUUAUCUAUUAAAUCGCCACACAAACAAUAUCAUGGGUCUUUAACACAUCGGUGAAGAAAAAAAUACAACACAUAAACCAAAUAUUUUUUACUUGGUGUUAAAUAAAAUGCACUUACCUUCAUAUGGCUUCUACGUUGGCUACUGUUUGUAGCAAGGUGUUAGAAAUCAAUUAAAAACACAACCAAUAAAAAACCUUUAUUAUCAAUAUUAUACAAAAUAAAGAAUACACAAAUAAUAUAUGGCACUCAAACUAUUAAAUUUAACACUUCACAAAUUAAAUAGAAAAAAAUGCACCUCCCUUUAUAUGGCUUCUGCGGUGGCUACUGUUUGUAGCAUUUAAAAGCUUUUAAGUUUCAAAUAAAUUGUUCUUUACGUUACAUCUUUGUAAGUUUUACGGCUGUAAAGAACAAUCAGCAAUACUUAUUACAAUUAUGGGUUGCUCUAAUUGGUCAAAUUACUAAGUAAUUUGUCCAGCAAGAACCACGUGGAGGUUUAGAGCUUUCUCGCCAGGAAAAAAGGAAAUAAGGAUGAGGUAAAUAAUGAUUAUUAGAAAAUGAAGGGAAUAAAGGAAUUAUUGGUUUGUGAAAUAAAAAAAAAUACAACACAAAAAUAAAAUGGUCCUACCUUUGUAUCGCUUCCACGUUGGCUACCGUUUGUAGCAAAACAUUAAAAGAAAUAGAAACAACACCAAUAAACAUCUUUAUUUGCAUGAAAAUUACAAGAGACGUAUAUCAAUAUUAAACAAAAAAAGAAUACACAAUACGUUAUAAUAUAUGGCAGUAAUCUAUUAAAUUCAACACCUCAGUAAAUAAACGCACCUACCUUCUUAAAAACAACACCAAUAAAAAAAUCUUUAUUUGCAUGAAAGUUACAACAAGCGACGUUUAUCAAUAUUGUACAAAAUAAAAAAUACACAAUACAUUUCAAUAUAUAAUGGCACUCAAAUCAUUAAUUUCAACACCUCAGUACAUAAAUGCACCUACCUUCUCAUAUCGCUUCCACGUUGGCUACCGUUUGUAGCAUAAAUAAAAUAAUAAUAAUAAAAAAGAAACCAAAAAAAAAAUGUUUCUUUGCAUUAAAUUUUGAGCAAGCCACUUUCAUUCAUUGAAAUUAAAAGAAAAAUUAUUACGUGGCAAUAAAUUGUUUGAGUGUUUGAUUUUGUUUAUAGUUACUGUAUUUAAAACGAGUCACUCAAACUAUGACUUUUCAACACCGUAUUUAGAGCCGGUGUACACGACAUUUUAAUCGCAAUUAAAUUUUAACGAAUUAUUGGUUCGCGAAAUAAAUAAAUAAAUACGACACAACAAUAAAAUGGACGUACCUGUGUUUCGCUUCCACGUUGGCUACCGUUUGUAGCAUAAAAUAAUAAUAAUAAUAAUAAUAAAAAAGAAACCAAAAAAAAAAAUGUUUCUUUGCAUUAAAUUUUGAAGCCACUUUCAUUCAUUGAAAUUAAAGAGAAAAUUAUUAAGUGGCAAUAAAUUGUUUGAGUGUUUGAUUUUGUUUAUAGUUACUGUAUUUAAAACGAGUCACUCAAACUAUGACUUUUCAACACCGUAUUUAGAGCCGGUGUACACGACAUUUUAAUCGCAAUUAAAUUUUAACGAAUUAUUGGUUCGCGAAAUAAAUAAAUAAAUACGACACAACAAUAAAAUGGACGUACCUGUGUUUCGCUUCCACGUUGGCUACCGUUUGUAGCAUAAAAUAAUAAUAAUAAUAAUAAUAAAAAAGAAACCAAAAAAAAAAAUGUUUCUUUGCAUUAAAUUUUGAGCAAGCCACUUUCAUUCAUUGAAAUUAAAAGAAAAAUUAUUACGUGGCAAUAAAUUGUUUGAGUGUUUGAUUUUGUUUAUAGUUACUGUAUUUAAAACGAGUCACUCAAACUAUGACUUUUCAACACCGUAUUUAGAGCCGGUGUACACGACAUUUUAAUCGCAAUUAAAUUUUAACGAAUUAUUGGUUCGCGAAAUAAAUAAAUAAAUACGACACAACAAUAAAAUGGACGUACCUGUGUUUCGCUUCCACGUUGGCUACCGUUUGUAGCAUAAAUAAAUAAUAAUAAUAAUAAUAAUAAAAAAGAAACCAAAAAAAAAUGUUUCUUUGCAUUAAAUUUUGAAGCCACUUUCAUUCAUUGAAAUUAAAGAGAAAAUUAUUAAGUGGCAAUAAAUUGUUUGAGUGUUUGAUUUUGUUUAUAGUUACUGUAUUUAAAACGAGUCACUCAAACUAUGACUUUUCAACACCGUAUUUAGAGCCGGUGUACACGACAUUUUAAUCGCAAUUAAAUUUUAACGAAUUAUUGGUUCGCGAAAUAAAUAAAUAAAUACGACACAACAAUAAAAUGGACGUACCUGUGUUUCGCUUCCACGUUGGCUACCGUUUGUAGCAUAAAAUAAUAAUAAUAAUAAUAAUAAAAAAGAAACCAAAAAAAAAAAUGUUUCUUUGCAUUAAAUUUUGAAGCCACUUUCAUUCAUUGAAAUUAAAGAGAAAAUUAUUAAGUGGCAAUAAAUUGUUUGAGUGUUUGAUUUUGUUUAUAGUUACUGUAUUUAAAACGAGUCACUCAAACUAUGACUUUUCAACACCGUAUUUAGAGCCGGUGUACACGACAUUUUAAUCGCAAUUAAAUUUUAACGAAUUAUUGGUUCGCGAAAUAAAUAAAUAAAUACGACACAACAAUAAAAUGGACGUACCUGUGUUUCGCUUCCACGUUGGCUACCGUUUGUAGCAUAAAAUAAUAAUAAUAAUAAUAAUAAUAAAAAAGAAACCAAAAAAAAAAAUGUUUCUUUGCAUUAAAUUUUGAGCAAGCCACUUUCAUUCAUUGAAAUUAAAAGAAAAAUUAUUACGUGGCAAUAAAUUGUUUGAGUGUUUGAUUUUGUUUAUAGUUACUGUAUUUAAAACGAGUCACUCAAACUAUGACUUUUCAACACCGUAUUUAGAGCCGGUGUACACGACAUUUUAAUCGCAAUUAAAUUUUAACGAAUUAUUGGUUCGCGAAAUAAAUAAAUAAAUACGACACAACAAUAAAAUGGACGUACCUGUGUUUCGCUUCCACGUUGGCUACCGUUUGUAGCAUAAAUAAAUAAUAAUAAUAAUAAUAAUAAAAAAGAAACCAAAAAAAAAUGUUUCUUUGCAUUAAAUUUUGAAGCCACUUUCAUUCAUUGAAAUUAAAGAGAAAAUUAUUAAGUGGCAAUAAAUUGUUUGAGUGUUUGAUUUUGUUUAUAGUUACUGUAUUUAAAACGAGUCACUCAAACUAUGACUUUUCAACACCGUAUUUAGAGCCGGUGUACACGACAUUUUAAUCGCAAUUAAAUUUUAACGAAUUAUUGGUUCGCGAAAUAAAUAAAUAAAUA